GUGAUGUCAUCUGAGAAUAAAUGGAAUAUAUCGGUUUAUAUUUCUUCCCAGGAGCCAGAGAGCCUUCCUGGUUCUUUAACCACAGGACACAGCAGUCUUGAAGCUCUCCCCUCUGCUUAAGCAGGACAGAGAAAGAGAGGAAAAAUGGCAGAUGAUAGGAAGGAUGAAGCCAAGGCACCGCACUGGACUUCAAGUCAACUAACAGAGGCUUCUUCACACCCGCAUUCCCCUGAAAUUAAGGAGCAAGCUGGUGCAGGUGCCGGACUGGUCAGAAGUGCCAAUGGAUUUCCAUACAGAGAGGAUGAGGAAGCAGGAUAUGGUGAACGCGGGCAACAGGGCACAUACUCUAGAACCAAAGAGAAUGGGAUCAAUGGAGAGCUAUCCACAGGAGACAGAGAAACAGCAGCAGUUGAAGAAUCAGCUAAUCUGCCUCCUUCCCCACCUCCAUCACCAGCCUCAGAACAGACUGGAACACUGGCAGAAGGGAAUGUACAAAUACCUUGAGAGGUGUUUUUCAGACUUCAGGCAGAGAGGCUUCGUUGUUGGAUAUGACACGCGAGGUCAGGUGACCAGCAGCUGCAGCAGUAAGAGAAAAGUGAAACCAAACUUCCCAGUGACAUUGAAUUCUUGAGCAAAUGGAAGAAACAAAACAUCAUCCCCAGAGGAGUCACCAUCUAUAACCCUCUGAUCCUUACAUACAACUUCAAAUAUGCUGAACAGCUCUGCAGAAGGACUUC